AGUUUACACAUUAUUGAGCCAACAAUGAUUAAUUAUAAUUUUGUGUCCUUUCAGGUGGAAAUCCUUGACUGGGAGACAAAGAAACAGCUAUGCUUCCUAGAUAAGGUGGAACCAAAUGCUACAAUUAGAGAGAUCAGAUUGAUGUUCCAUAAAUUAUAUCCUCGGUGGUACCCAGCAAGGCAGUCAAUAAAACUUGAUCCAAAAGGAAAGUCCCUGAGGGAUGAAGAAAUCCUGCAGCACCUCCCUGUUGGCACAACAGCUACCUUAUACUUUAAAGAUUUAGGGCCACAGAUAGGAUGGACUACGGUAUUUUUGAUAGAAUAUACAGGUCCAUUGUUCAUCUAUUUUCUGUUUUAUUUCCGCAUGACUUUUGUCUAUGGACUGGAUGAGAGGUUUACAUCAAGUCCACACCCAGUAGUUAACUUGGCAUGUAUCUGCCAUUCUUUCCACUACAUCAAAAGGUUGAUUGAAACAGUAUUUGUUCAUCGGUUCUCCCGUGGGACUAUGCCACUGAGGAAUAUUGUGAAGAACUGCUUAUAUUACUGGGGAUUUGCAGCUUGGCUUGCAUAUUACAUCAAUCAUCCUCUUUACACUCCUCCUUCUUAUGGGAAAAAACAGAUAAAUUUUGCUGUGAUCAUGUUUCUGCUGUGUGAAGCUGGAAAUUUUUCCAUUCAUGUUGCACUCAGUGACCUCCGGAGGAAUGGAUCCAAAACCUGUAAGAUCCCAUAUCCAACAAAGAAUCCUUUCACAUGGCUGUUUUUCUUUGUAUCUUGCCCUAACUAUACAUAUGAGGACAAGGUUAUUUUGAUCAAUAGAGAGAUAAAUGCAAAUGCUGUCACCAGAAAUAUUUUAAAUUUCCUUGGCCAAAACAGGUGGGGACCUGGAUCAGUUUCACUAUCAUGACUCAGUGUGUUCCAGUGGGACUGUUCACCUUGCUUUGCUUCAUUCAGAUGACAAUCUGGGCAAAGGAUAAACACUGCACCUACUUACGAGAAUUCAAGGAUUAUCCAAGUCAUAGAAUGCCAAUUAUUCCCUUUUUGUUGUAAGAAAAGAAGGCUCAAUUUGAAUAUUGCACAGAACUUAAAGAAGAAAAACCUCAUAAAUGUCCUCCCAAAUAAAUGAAUUAAUUAAAAGGAUUUUGGUGCAUGUUGAAUCUCCACUACUAAGGGAAAUUGUAUGCACUUGAAAGCUAGAUUUCUUUACAUUCAAGAAUUCUCAACUCAGAAGCACCUUAAAAAAUAAGGCUUCAUUGCACAGCUGCAAAAAAAGCCCCUGCAGUUCACUGUAACCUGCCUUAGAUUUUUCUGUACUAGUCUGUUUAGAUUGAUGGAUCAGAGAUCCUGAGAAGUCUGUGCUGAAAAGCAGCUCUAAAUUUAGCAGUGGCAUUCUGCAAGACAGAAGUCCAUUGGAAGGAGGACACACCAGCUAGCUACAGAGCUCGGUUCGGCCAGCACGGCCAGCUGGCCUCAGGACAGUUGCAUGAUCUGCCUUCUUUGACUUGAAGAGAGUGUGCUGCCUGGAGGGAGGUGCUUUGUAACUGAUAACAUUACCAAAGAAUAUGAGUGGUUCCUGGAAUAAAGAAAUAGGCAAUAUCUCAAAAACCUGAUCUGGGUCUAAACCCUAAUUUGCCAAAAGAAUCUGAAGUAAGAAGUACUGGUAGUAUUUGUGAAUGUAAUGUCCUGUGCUGGGGUUUUUUAUUUGUUUUUGGUCUUCUUCAUUAGUAAGUUGCAUACUAGUAAAUAAGAUUCAGAAACAAUCUAACCUAUGCCAAAUCUUUGAUAUCUGGUCUGUUUUGAUAUAAUAUCUCCUUAUGAUACGAAUUGACCUUUAACCCAGAAUUUUACAUCAGGCUUAUCUAAGUAGUUUUUAAUACACUUCGUAAAUACAUGAAGUGACUGCUAGUCCUCAGAAUGCUCUUCCUAUUUUCAGAGCCAGGGAGAAAAAUCAGCUUCAUUUCGGACUUCCUGUGUUUUCUUUGUCACUGGAUGUUCUGGACUUAGUUGGGCUUUUUGUAAAUCUAGCUAAAAAAGGCUAUUGAAAUCUAUCUGAAUGACAUUUUAAAGAAGCUAUUUUAGAAUAUAAAGAGAAUGCAUAGAUACUGUUUUGUUUCAUAAUUUAUUUAUCUAUAAUAGAUGUCUAGAAAGAUUUUUGCAGCUAUUUGUAAAGGUGAAAUAUGCAAUAAAUUCUAUUUGAAAACCAGUUGAAAUAAUUAUGGCAAAAAGAGAAGGCUACAGCUGAUUGCUGAAGUUUCACAAUAUUUUGUACAGUACAAAGCAAGAGUGUCCUUAUAAAAAAAACAACUACAUCAAUUGAAGAAAAAUAUAUUUCAAAGCAAAAAUACAUGACCCAGAUUUUAAUUCUGUAUAACAUAUCUUAGAGAAGAUUUCUUGGAAAUUAUUAGAUCUGAUAGAUAACUGAAGCAAUACAUCGUUAUGAAUUUGUUUUCAGUAUUGUUUUUCCACUAGUUAAACUGUGAACCAGAAAAAAAGGGCUAAAUGUCAAAUGAUUUCCCACAGCGUGCAGUGUGGAGUACAAGCAGGUUGAAAUUUUCCUUCUGAGGAGGUAGAAAGUACAUUCCCUAUUCACACUUUACACCCACUUAAUGUCCAGUCACACGAAAGAAGAAAAAUUUGGGCUUGUUUAGUAACAAAGAGAUCUUUCCACGUCUCUAAAAGAACACAAAACUUUUGGCAGAUUUGAACAUACUCUCUUUCUUUUUAAUCUCCAUUUUGACAUUUGGCCUCUAUUUGAGGCAACUUGAAGAUGAGUAUGAGAUCAUUUUAA